CUUAUUAUUCGAAAAUAUGCAAACGGUAACUUACCUCAAAAAUAACAAAACCAAGUACUAGGAUGUCACACAACAUGGAGGAUCUCCCACCUGGUUUUCGCUUCUACCCAACAGAAGAAGAGUUACUUGCCUUCUAUCUUCACAACCAGCUCCAAGGACAAAGACAUGACAUGAGUAGAGUUAUUCCGGUCGUUGACAUCCACGGCGUAGAGCCAUGGACCCUCCCAAGCCUUGCAGGGGAGCUUUGUCGUGGAGACACUGAGCAAUGGUUUUUCUUUUCCCCAAGACAAGAGAGAGAGGCCAGAGGAGGCAGACCCAACAGAACCACCGCCAGUGGCUAUUGGAAGGCCACGGGCACUCCUGCCCAUGUUUACUCUUCUCAUAACAAAGUCAUUGGCAUGAAGAAAACCAUGGUGUUUUACAAAGGGAAAGCUCCCACGGGGAGAAAAACCAAAUGGAAGAUGCAUGAGUAUAAAGCCAUUGAACACCCCCCUGACCAAUCCAACACUACCCCUCCAAAGUUGAGGCACGAAUUCAGCUUGUGUAGAGUUUAUGUGAUAUCGGGAAGCUUUCGGUCGUUUGAUCGACGGCCACUAGAGGGAUAUUCAAGAGCUGUUGAUGGGGACAGAGGUGGUGCUUCAACAAGUGCUCAACAGAGAGCACCCGUGGUGGAUGGAUCAAGCUCUUCUGAAACUUCCCAUUCUGGAGGAGGAGGUGCUGCUCUUACCUCAGAGGCUGUGGCAGGGUCAAGUGGAACAAAUUGGAAUCAAAGUAAUAAUAGCGUUGAAGAACCAUUUUGGGAAUGGGAACAGCUAAAUUGGCCAUGACCCUUAGGCCUUAAGUCAAGAACAUGCAUAGACCUCUUCAUUGAAGUAACAAAUCAGGGCCAGAAAUUAAUCAUCUAAAUUGUAGGCGUAGUUUGGUAGGGGGCGUUAUGUGACAUAAUCAUUAAUAUUUGUUGUUUAGCAUAAGAUUGGUUUUCCCGGGAAAAAUAAGAUCCAAGCUGUCAAUCUCCUUUGAACCUUUCUUUCUUAGUUACAAGUUAAGAUGAAAUUAAUUGACAUGUGGCAAUUUCCUAUUCCAUGAUGUCUACACAAGUGUUUCUUUCCUUCAAAUUGUAUCUAGUUCAUUCACAUGUGUUGUGAAAAAUAGUUAGACCACUUCAAGUCUUGAAUUAGGAUCAGAACUUCGAAAUUACUGCUGUCUGUUCAAUCGAUUCAAAUAAUAUAAACUUUUAAUAAGAUUUUCAAAUAGCAU